CUGGCAGGGUCCUCGCUCUCGCAGAUGCUGAAGUUCACAGAAAGGUGAUGGUGCACGAGACAAGCAGAAAUUUGCUCAAACACGUGGACAUUUUCCUCCCCCUCGCUCUCUACCUUUGCCCCCGCCGCCGCGCUGCAUUCCUGUCAGAAGCGCUCAGACCUCCUCCACCGCAAUGUUCAGAGUCAGGGUUUUCCUACAAAAAUUCCUGAUUCUUCUUCAUGUAACUACAAGCACCAUCAUUGGCAAAAUGCUGAUGAUCCUGUUCCCUAAGGCCAUGAAAAGAUACAUCCUAAAACUGGGCGAAAAGAGCAGAAUGAAUGAGAAUCAAAAGUUUAGCUACGAAAACUGGGGUCCGACUUUUUUCAGCUUCAAGUAUCUGCUCUUUGUGCUGAAGGUGAAGUGGAAGAGGCUGGAGGACGAAGCCUACGAAGGACAUCCUGCUCCCAACACACCGGUGAUGACUCUCAACGGAGAAGCUCGUUACCUCUCCGAUUUCAUGCAAGAUAACCGACCCUUAAUCCUGAAUUUUGGAAGUUGCACCUGACCUUCAUUUAUGUUACAAUUUGAUGAGUUCAACAAGCUCAUCAAAGAUUUCAGCCCUAUAGCAGAUUUCCUUAUCAUCUACAUCGAAGAAGCUCACGCAGUAGAUGGAUGGGCUUUUAAAAACAAUAUUGUUAUUAAAAAUCACAGAAGCCUCGAAGACCGAAAAAUAGCAGCACAACUUCUUCAGAAAAAAAAUCCUUUAUGUCCAGUGGUUUUAGACACUAUGGAAAACCUUAGCAGCUCAAAAUAUGCUGCAAUGCCAGAACGACUGUAUCUACUUCAAGGAGGGAAGGUCAUCUAUAAGGGAGGAGCGGGACCUUGGAAUUACCACCCCCAGGAAAUACGUGCCAUCCUGGAAAAAAUGAAAUAGAAAAAGAAGAGGACUUCGGAAUAAAGACUAUCACAAUCAAGAAGCUAAAUAAAUAGGUUUUCAUCCGUGUAAGAAGAAAAAAAAAGAAUUUAAAAAUAACAAUAGAGACAACAAGAAUAGCGUAAUAUUAGCAUCUAAAACACAUCUGUAAUGUGGUUCAUCAUGUGUUUGUCUGGAGGUUUUCAAGUCUCAUCACUACAACCUCAACUACUGCUUUGCAGGAUCUUACUGCCAGGACUGGAUACCAACAUUUAUGUUUGGGCAAAAUAAACUUCAGGAGUGGUGACAUUUGCAAAAGUCGACUGGCAUGCAAAACAAACCAUUUCGCAUGACUAAGAUUCUCUUGUAUACAUACAAUUUUCCUAAAUGUUCCCUUUCACUGACUACAGAAGGUUUCUGAAGAACAGAAGCUCUAUCAGCAUUUGUUUCUAUUAGUAUUUGUUAUGAUGGUCAUGGCAUAAAGCACAGGCAGCUGUGACCUGAUGGUAGAAAAUAUUUAUAGAAACAAGGGACUGACCUGCAAUUAUUAAAAAUCUAUCAGACCACUUCA